AUAACUUCAAUAUAUGAACUGUAAUGCACAGUAAAGUAUCUUCGUUUCUUUCGAAUCAAGAAAUUAGAAAAGACAAUAUUUUUUAAAAUGAAGUUUCAUAUUUUGUCAUUUUUAUUGUUGAUAUUGUCUGUGAGAAAAAGUGCUUCGGUUUUAAAUCAAAUUAGAUGGUGUGAUACAAGCAUAGAUAACACAACCCAAGUGUGGAAGUCGUAUAAUGAUUCAACAUCUGCUUGUGUUAAGUGUGGGUCAAUAUAUAGACUAUUUGAAGACAGAAGUCAAGUAGACACCUCUUGUUGCGUGGGUGGUGCGUUCACAGGGACCAGGUGUUCUGUUCCUUGUGGAGGGGUGACUGUCGCUUGUCAAAACCAGAACACUUUCUGCGUGAAUACACCGCAGCAAUCUUGUGAUGGCUACAAUGACUGUGGAGAUGGCACAGAUGAGAUUAAACUUUCACAAAUUACACCCGGGUGCACUCAGUGUGAAAAUAAUCAGUUUCAAUGCAAAAUGGUAUCAAUAUUCCCACAAUGUUUUCCCAGAUCCAAGGUAUGUGACGGGGUAAAGAACUGUGUGGCAGGCUCCGAUGAAAUCAAUUGUUUAUACCACGGUGGAAGGUGCAGGGGGUUUCUGUGUACCAACAUCCCACAAUGUAUUGCUGAGAAUGAGGUAUGCAACGGGCACAAGGAUUGUUAUGAUGGUUCAGAUGAGGAAGGUUGUUACCUUGGAUGUCAGGGUCACUUCCAUUGUAACAAUACUGGGAAGAUGCAACAACUUCCAUUGGGAAAAUGCAACGAUAAUGAAACCGUUGUGACAAACAAAGUGUGUGAUGAUGUCAUAGACUGUGGGAACAGCGCAGAUGAAUCAAACUGUCACAGUUGGACAGCAUGGAGUAGCUGGCAGCCAUGUUUGUGCCCAAACAACAACCAAGCUGGAGAAAAAGUUAGAGCUCGAAAAUGUGUCACACACACUAAUGUAAACACUCAUGUCAAUGGAAAAUGCAAUGGAUUAAACACUGACACAUUGAAUUGUAACUGCACAUUAGAAACAACAACAACUGCAGCACAAACAACAGAUGCAACAACAACAACAGAAACAACAACUACGGCACCAGUUGGGACAAGCCCGCCACUCAGCGAAAGCAUGAUUGCAAUAAUUUCGGUUGGAAUCUUAGCCGGGAUAAUUCUCAUAGUAAUUAUCAUCCUACUAACCUAUGCGUGCUGGAACAAAAGAGUUACAGACAAAAGAAAAAGAGCGAUAAGUCAACACUACAACCCACAAAGCAUUGACCCACUUUACCCCACCAACAACACAUUAAUGCAGAGCACACAUACACUGCCUAUUUCCACAAAUACAUUAGGAAGAUCUCCUAUGUCCAACUUUUCCCACUCCCCAUCACAAAAGAACCAAAACACCCCGCUACCUGCAACACCGGAUUCAAUAGAACCACCAUAUGAAAGUAUAUCGGACUUACGAGCAAAGCAAAUUGACCCGUACGCACAAACUGGGGUUUCUUUGUUUGAUACUUCACCUACACGAGACUAUACUUCAUCAAUGACAUCACCACCCCCUCUCCCACAAAGGUCAGCUUCCCUAAUGUCCCUCUCAAGUCUUGGGGUAAAUGAAAUGGGGCAUAAACCACACAGAGAACGAACAAUAUCAAGAUUUCCAGCAGAAGAAUUGGGUCACCCUCCAAAAGCCCCACUACGUAAAACAAAGAGUGUCGAUACAUUAGACAAGGAUGGUUACAUAGUUCCCAUACCUUCAGUUAGAAGACCGAGAACAAAAUCAAAAUCUGUUGAUCUUGUUUUGCCACCGCUUAAAAAUGACCAAUAUGCCACAAUGCAAGCAUCACCAGAACACAGAGUGAGCAGCGCAAGUGCCAACAGCAGCCCCUACAAAAACCAUGUCCGAAAAUAUUCAAGAGAGAAUGCUCUAACUGCUCACCGCUCGACAGCAGCACCACGGCGAAGAUAUAGGAAUAGGCAACAUAAAGAUGGGAAUGGCAGUAGGUCGUUGUACGUUGCAAGAGCUAGAGGCAGCACAUCAUCAGAGCGAGCGUAUCAUUCCGAUACAUAUGCAAGCAUGAGUGGAUCAAUCAGUUAUCAGGGUGAUGUUGACAGCGAUUCUGGGUACGAUGUGUCACGAAUGUCAUCAUCAGAUUUUAUUCCUCCUGGCACACCAUAUAAGGUAUCACCAAUGAGGAAGAAGGGAGGGGAACAGAUAAGUCCUCCACCGUUUGAUCCUCCCAAGUUAAACAGAAGAAGGAUUUCAUCCUUGGAUGAUCUGACAGCAUCCGGAUUGGGAGGGAAAAAGUUGAUUUACACAACACUUGCUACAGCUACAGAUGAAGAAGAGAGUGCAGAUGAGAAAAAGGAGAAAAAAGAGAAAAAUAAAGAAGGCUACACAAACGUGUUGCCUAAAUCAAAAAAAGAAGAACCCCAGCUAACUAAUGGAAGUGCUAGUAAUAAACACCAGGCAACACUGAAUGGAUCACCGUUUCAUGAAUACGGCAAAUUAAGCCCUGUAGUGUCACCUAGUGAUAAGUACCCUGAUCAAAACGAAACUCAUUAUGAUGUCAUAUUCAGAGACAGUUUACAAUCACAACAUAAUGGCAACGACAAUCGAGAAGGAUUUCUAUAAAUAUUGUAACUGAUUCUGAUUGUAAAACUAAUUUAUUACCGCUUUUUUUGUGAAUACUUGAAUUUUCAACUACAAUUUGUGCACAAACAUUUUUUCAACCUUUAUAGACACAUAGUAUUUUGUAUUUUAUUUUUAUAUAAAAAUGAUAACACAUUAAUUUUUCCUACUUAGUACACUGUAGUUCAAACCACUGCCUUUCCACCAAAAAAUUAAUUUGUGAUUAGGUACAAAAGUUUCUAUAAUACACAAUUAAAAAAGCAUA